AACCUCUUUGCGCGCGCGCAGAGCCGAGAUUCGGUGUUUCGACACCCCUGUUGUUUUCUUUCCGUUCCGCUUUCUUUCCCGGAAAAGCGAUGCCAGCAAAACUGUCCGCAAGGGCUACCGCUCGUAGCUGCCUGGUCUCGGGAUUGAGAAGCCGAAGCGGCGAACGAAAGAGUUUUCUGUCUGCGGCAACUGCCGGCCAAGGACUGCAAGCUUAGAGAAGGGAAGAAGCAUCUCUCGCGGAAAUGGCCAGCACUGUGACAGAGCAUGGAAAUGUGAGGAUCAUCACUCAAACGGUCCCACAGACAGGUUCUCUGCCAAGACCGACAGCUACAGUCAGAGUGGUUGACUCUGCUUCUGCGGCAUCUCAGUUCCUACUAACCCAUAACAAAAAGAUCAAGAAUACUCUGCUCAAUGUGAUUGGGAUCAUACAGAUUGUUUUUGGAGUUACCCAGGUGAGCUUUGGCAUUGCCCUGACAGCAGCUCAAUUCACCAUCACUGUGCAAAGUGGCAUUUACUUCUGGAUUGGGAUCCUGCUCUUGAUCACUGGGCCCUUGUUGUUAGAAGUUGAGAAAAGACAGUCUGAUCUGCUAGUGAAAACUGCUUUCUUUGUCAACAUGAUAUUUUGUGUAGUUGGACUGGUUGCAAUAAUCCUACAUGGUAUUGAGAUUGCACAAACUGUUAAAGAAGAAAAGCCAUGUGACUCAAACUCCAGUCACUACUGCCGAAAUUAUCAUCAGAUACUGUCAUUUGGCCUGAACUCUGUGUUCCUCAUCUUUGUGCUUAUUGAAGUACCCUUAGCUAUCACGGCCAUGAUUAGGCUCAAGACUCAAAAGCAACAGAUCUAUCAACCAAUGGCAUCAUGAAGACAGGUGGUUUCUCUUCUUCUGUCACACAAUGCUGAAUAUUUACUCUAGAUGCUUCCCUGGCUUGAAGCUAUAUGAGUGUGAGCUUUCUAUCUUUACCCUUACUUCUCUUGCUAAAUCUCAAAAAUCUGCCUCAGCCUAGAAAUGGAAAACAAGUUUUGUAAUUGUUUAAUAUGAGCGUCUUCUAUACAGGACAGCCACAAGUUCAUACUAAAUGCAAGGCCUGUCACAUUUCCUGCAUUAUGAAGCAUCCUCUGUAGUUUCAUCAAUGUUCACAUCCUGAAAAGCACCAAUUGUGAUGUGUGCUGGCGGGUCUAAAUUUUAUAAUACAAGGGCUUUACCAUCACUCCCAUUUGGAACUCUUUGGGGUCUUCAUGAAGAAGAGAUAGAUUAUCUGUAAGUGGUCUCCCAUCCCCCCCGCCCCAUAAGAGGCCAUCUGUUUGGAAUUGCCUUAAAUUUGUAUAUUUUCCUCUGUGUGUUUGUACUAGGGAGAGCUUUUCCUAAGUAGGCUUCUGAGUUUUUUCAACUUCACUUUUCCUUUUUAUACAUAAUAUUACAAUUUAAAGAUGACAGACACUAUCAAGAACUAACAUUUAGAAUAAAAAGGAAGAAAGAAAGAAAAUAAGAAAAUCACAGAAAAAAUGCAGAAAAGAAAUAUAAAGAAAUUAUUUCUGAUUUUAUAGAGUCGUGGUGUGGCGCAGUGGUUAGAAUGCAGUAUUGCAGGUAUAACUCACUGCCCACUCCAGGAGUUAGAUUCUGAGCAGCUAAAGGUUGACUCAGCCUUCCAUCCUUCCGAGGUUGGUGAAAUGAGGACCCAGAUUGUUGGGGGCAAUAAGCUGACUCUGUUAACCACUUAGAGAGGGCUGUACAGCACUGUAAAGCAGUAUGUAAGUUUAAGUGCUAUUGCUAUUUUUAUAGCAAUUAUAAGCAUAAAGGUACAUUAGCUUUUACCCUACAGUUACAACACUGUUUACAUUUUUUAAAUAAUUAUUUUAUCUUCUAAUGAUCCAAACCAUGCAUGGUAAUUUCAUUUUUUUAAGUUUCACAUAAAAAGUCCAAUCAGCACUGGGCUAUACUAUAAGAAAUGCAUUGAUUAGGAAUCAGAAAGGUGGUUUGUACUGAAAGCAGAGAGAGUUGUUCUGCUAAAUUAGUUUAUUUUUGUUGCCUGGAGUUGAGUUUUACUUUAUUUUAUUAAAGAUACCGUAGUAAAAGAGAAUUGAAGCUAUGUUACCAACUAAUUACCAGGGAUAUGCUGCCUUUAGGAAAAAAGGAAACUACCCCUGCCAAAGUAGGAAUCGUUCAAUUCAUGGCAGAGAAGCAACCUAUCAGGAACUUAAACCCUGAUCACACUGUGAUAUGAUACAGAAUUAUUUCUGAAGGCAAAAGAAACAAAUGGUUAUUGGCCAGCUUGUGCAUUCAGCAAAUAAAGAAUAGCCUAAACACUUAUCUUGGUCCAGCAUAUGCCAUUUACUUUAGUAUCUCCACUUUUUGUAGCGAAGGCUUAGCAUUUAAUUCUAAUGAACACAUUAGAAUUAAAUGUUUUCCACAGUUUCAUAGAUCCCAUUUAUCCACUCAGGUUGAUAAUGUCUAUUUUUAUCAGAUCAUUUUUUUCUGCUGUUUCGCAAGGUCUUAGUCAUUUUGCCUUCACAAACCAUAUGAAAUGCUUACUUUUUAAUUUAUCCAUUUUAGAGAAACUUUUGUGCCCACUCUGCUUCUUAGAAGUACCCGCCCAUGAUUAAAUUUCACAGCUGAUAAAUACAGAAGUGAUAUAAGAAUGACAUAUGGCGAUCCUUCCAAACUGAAUUCGUUAUUAUUUCAUACUUAUAUCAGAGGUGGGUUUCAGCAGGUUCUGAACAGUUCUGGAGAACCGGUAACAGAAAUUUUGAGUCGUUAGGAGAACUGAUAGUAAAAAUUCUGACUGGCCCCACCCCCAUCUAUUCUCUGCCUCCCUAGUCCCAGCUGAUCAGGAGAAAAUGGAGAUUUUACAGUAUCCUUCUUCUGUUAUGCUCAUUAAGCCACACCCACAAGCCAUGCCCCGCCCACCAAGCCCACAGAACCAGUAGUAAAAAAUUUUGAAACCCACCACUGACUUAUAGACAGAAUCUUGCCAGAUUGAGGACGCUACUAUCUGCAUCAACCAUAUACUCCAUGAACAAUUUUAGGGAAGGGCUGUUUUCACCAUCUUUCUCUCACAUGUAAACGGACCGAGUUGCCUCUUAACACCUCUGGACUGCAUCCUUUCCCUCCUAGAUUCCAUGACAUCUAUUACAAGCACUUUGAUGCAAAUAAAAUGACCCUAUUAUGUUUACAGCUUUACUUGUAAAGCCGUGAAACAAAGAGCUGUUUCACCAUGUAUUCUGUGCUUCUACUCAAAAUCAUCAUGAAUUUUAGGGAGUUUUUGUAGAUCUCUUUUGGAAUAAGACAGAUCUCAGAGUGACUGCAUAGCUGCAUAUAGUGCUUGUGCAAACAUUAUGAGUACUUCCAUUUCUACUCUUCGUUUGUUUGUUUGUUUAAUAUAGUAAUGGGUGCUUAUUGUAAUGGAAAAAAGUGAAACAAGUGCCUUUGGAUUUCUAAACUAUGUAAAUAUGACUUGUCAUGUUCACAUUGAUAUUUGCAUUGAAAUAACUAUUCUUAACAGUUGCAUUAAUACUACUUUGGAGAAUGUAUGUUAACAUUUAUGUAAUUAUCAGAAAUAUUUCUUGUACUUAAUGUAAGUCAAUUUUCUAGUCUCUUAUUAGGAUUAUGUAAAGAUCCAGCUCUGAACGGAAAACAUGGUUUAUGGAAUGUGUGCCUGCUUUUGUAGCACUUAAUACUGUAAAUUAAAUAAUCUUUUCCCAGG